AUGUCCUUCCCGCAGCUCGGUUACCCGCAGUACCUGAGCGCCGCGGGGCCGGGAGCCUACGGCGGGGAGCGCCCCGGGGUGCUGGCCGCGGCCGCGGCGGCAGCUGCCGCCGCGUCGUCGGGCCGGCCCGGGGCGGCGGCGGAGCUGGGCGCGGGCGCGGCCGCGGUCACCUCGGUGCUGGGCAUGUACGCGGCGGCCGGACCGUACGCGGGCGCGCCCAACUACAGCGCCUUCCUGCCCUACGCCGCCGACCUCAGCCUCUUCUCGCAGAUGGGCUCACAGUACGAACUCAAGGACAACCCCGGGGUCCAUCCGGCCACCUUCGCAGCCCACACGCCGCCCGCUUAUUACCCUUAUGGCCAGUUCCAGUACGGGGACCCCGGGCGGCCCAAGAACGCCACCCGGGAGAGCACCAGCACGCUCAAGGCCUGGCUCAACGAGCACCGCAAGAACCCGUACCCCACCAAGGGCGAGAAGAUCAUGCUGGCCAUCAUCACCAAGAUGACCCUCACGCAGGUGUCCACCUGGUUCGCCAACGCGCGCCGGCGGCUCAAGAAGGAGAACAAGGUGACGUGGGGGGCCCGCAGCAAGGACCAGGAGGACGGCGCCCUGUUCGGCAGCGACACGGAGGGCGACCCCGAGAAGGCCGAGGACGACGAGGAGAUCGACCUGGAGAGCAUCGACAUCGACAAGAUGGACGAGCACGAAGGCGACCAGAGCAACGAGGACGACGAGGACAAGGCCGAAGCUCCCCGCGCGCCCGCCGCCGGGCCCACCAGCCUGCCUCGGGAUCCGAACUCGCCACUCGCGGCCGCCGCCCAGGCGCUCAAGGCCCAAGACUCGGCCCUGGGCCUGGCCAAGGAGGUGUCCGAGCCGGGCAGCACGCGCCUGCUCAGCCCGGGCGGCGGCGGCGGGGCGGCGCCGGGAGGCCUGCAGGGAGCCACGCUGGGCAGCAAGCCCAAGAUCUGGUCGCUGGCCGAGACGGCCACCAGCCCCGACGGCGCGUCCAAGGCGUCUCCGCCGCCGCCGCCGCAGCAGCAGCCCGCCGCGGGUCACCCGGGCGCGCACGGGCCGCCCACGGCCACGCCGCUGCAGCACCCGGCCUUCCUGCCCAGCCACGGACUCUACACAUGCCAUAUCGGCAAGUUCUCCAACUGGACCAACGGCGCCUUCCUGGCGCAGGGCUCCCUGCUCAACAUGCGCUCCUUCCUGGGCGUCGGCGCGCCCCACGCCGCGCCCCACGGCCCGCACCUGUCCGCGCCGCCCCCUCCGCAGCCGCCGGCCCCCGUCGCCUCCGGGGCGAUGCACGUGGACAAGGCCUCGGCGCGCAGUAGCCCCGCACUUCCAGAGAGAGACCUAGUCCCCAGACCGGAUUCACCCCCACAACAGUUAAAAUCGCCUUUCCAGCCAGUCCGGGACAACUCGCUGGCCCCGCAGGAGGGAACGCCUCGGAUCCUAGCCGCCCUCCCGUCCGCCUGAUUCAGGGUCUGCAUUACUUUUGCCCGGGGAG